UGCCUUAGCCUGAAGGGAUAGAGCGGGGAUAGAGCACACGACUGUCAUCCCCGCCUGCACACGGGUUCACUUUACCUCUUCAUUGUUCUUGUUUAGUUGUUGAUGGCUUGGCUUCAAACUUGAACUCGGAAUUUGGAACUUCAGCUCCAACGUGCAUGGCGUGGUUACAUGCUUUUCCGUUUUUGGGCGUGCUUGCAAUAGCGGCGUUGCGUUACGCGUGUGUUACUGACCUACGCUUCAACAAUAGUCAGUAUGAUAGGAAACCUAAUGUCGUGAUAAUCUUUGCUGAUGACUUGGGCUAUGGCGACUUGUCGUGUUUUGGACAUCCAACAUCGCAUACUCCAUUUAUUGAUGAAAUGGCAAACAAAGGCCUAGUGUUUACACAAUUUUAUAGCACAAGUCCUGUAUGCAGCCCAUCAAGGGCAUCUUUGCUGACUGGCAGGUACCAGACAAGAAGUGGUAUUUACCCAGAUGUAUUCAGCCCAGGUGACAUUGGUGGUUUGCCCCAUAACGAAACGACAAUAGCAGAGUUUCUGGGUCGCCAUGGUUACAAGAGUGCUGCCAUAGGGAAGUGGCACCUUGGUGUUGGAGUCAAUGGAACGUAUCUUCCAACUAACCAUGGGUUUGAUGAGUACUAUGGCAUACCUUAUUCUCAUGAUAUGUGCCCCUGUCCAGUGUGCUUUUAUCCAGAUGGAUCAUGUAUUAGACCCUGUAGAAACAACGAGGCACCAUGUCCACUGUUUGGCAAUACCACCAUCGUGGAGCAACCAGCUGAUUUGAUUAGCCUUACGAAGAAACAUAUAGAUAAAGCUACAGAUUUCAUAAAGGAGGCAACGGAUGCAAGAAAUCCAUUCUUUCUCUACUAUGCUUCCUAUCAGACGCAUCAUCCUCAGUUUGCUGGACAGAGGUUUACAAACUCUAGCAUAAGAGGUGCAUUUGGCGAUGCGUUAGCUGAACUGGACUGGUCGGUCGGAAUGAUACUGAAGACUGUGAAGGAUGCUGGUAUUGAGAAUAAUACAUAUGUCUUCUUCACUUCAGACAAUGGGCCUAGUAUGACUAGAGAGAUCCAGGGAGGAAGUGCCGGUCUUCUAAAGUGCUGCAAGGGUACGACGUAUGAGGGAGGCAUGCGAGUGCCAGCGAUCGCCUACUGGCCAGGCGUCAUCCCACCUGGCAGGACACACGAGCUGGCUAGCACCUUGGAUCUCCUACCUACUAUAGCUACGUUACUCGGGAAGAAACCACCGCUUCGACUUGAUGGCGUAGACAUGGAAGAAAUUCUGCUUAGGCAUGGGAAGAGCAAGAGAGACACUUUCUUCUACUACCCGGUUGGUGCGGAUCCAAGAUUCGGCGUGUUUGCUGUAAGAUACAAGCAGUACAAAGCUCACUUCUGGACAAAGGGUUCGGGCUUGUGUGGACAAAGGAACCCUGACGACGACUGCAGGAUUACAGCACUGCGAACUAAACACAACCCCCCUUUACUGUUUGACCUUGACGCCGAUCCUGCGGAGAGGUACAACAUCAAUAAGUCACCGAAGGGCAAGAGAAUCAUCCCGUUCAUUGCUAAACUUAAGAAGAAAUUCGACGAGCGUAUGAAAUGGGGCACGAGUCAGAUCAGAAGAGGAGCGAAUAACACUCUCAUUCCCUGCUGUAACCCUGGAUGCACUCCCUUUCCACAGUGCUGUCACUGCGAACGAGGCAAAAGCUCCCUCGUGGAAAUGCUAUGGAAGUAUGUUAUUAGUGAUGACACCUAAACCCACCCCAUCCACUAUCCUGUAUAAUAUAUAUAGCAUAUUAUGCAGAUAUAAUAUAUAUAUUAUGCAUAUUAUAUAAUAUAUAUAUAGCAUAUUAUACAGACUUAUUGGCCUAUCCUUCUUAAUGAGAUAGCCAGGCACCCUGGACAGUGCUGCUAGGUCCAUCAAGCCAACUCAGUUUGUACCUGUUUGUCUCUGUGGCACUUUGUUACCAAGUGUUGGUUUUAGAAAGUCCUGGCGCAAUUGUGAUUGGCUAAGCCUAGCGCAGACUUGAGACUUUUUCAUGCAACUCGGCUGCGAUUCUAGAAUCGCAGUCGAAAUU